CCUCUGACGUCUGCAGUUUUACGACGGUGUGCUUGCCCAGUUUUCGACAGUAAGAGUUGUACGCAGUACUGCCGUGAAUAGGCUGUUUUUGUUUUGUUUCUUUUGUUGUAAAAACUAAAAAGUUAUUAGUCAUAAAAUAAUACGACGAGAGGCAGUGGUAUAUACAAUAUAUACACUUAAUACAGAUAUUAAUAGAUUUCGCGAAAAUAGUCCAUUAAGGUCUCGAGCGCAGCUUGAGGCCCGGCGGACAACGAGCUCGAGCGGCUUCUAAAAAGUUUGUUGUUGUCACGUGACACGAGGCGAACGUGGCGAUAAAAGUUUUUCUUUCAAAAUUUAAGAGCACAUUUGAUUUCAUAUUUAUUUUAGUAGAUAGAUAUUUUAAAGCAUGCCUCAACCGAAGUACAGGAAGAUCGCCGUGUUGGGAUACAGAUCAGUAGGCAAAUCUUCACUUACAAUCCAGUUCGUGGAGGGACAGUUUGUAGAUUCUUAUGAUCCAACCAUUGAGAACACCUUCAAUAAAAUGGUGUCCGUCAACGGCCAGGACUUCAAUCUGCAGUUGGUGGACACUGCAGGACAGGACGAAUACUCCAUUUUCCCUCAGUCUCACUCAGUGGACAUCCACGGCUAUGUGCUGGUCUACGCUGUCACCUCCAUGAAAAGUUUCGAAGUGGUUCAGGUCCUUCAUGAUAAGCUGCUGGACAUGGUUGGGAAAAUACAGGUGCCAACUGUUCUUGUUGGGAACAAAAAGGAUCUUCACAUGGAAAGGGUGAUCAAGCCGGAGGAGGGGAAGAAGCUCGCGGACUCCUGGGGCGCCGCGUUCAUGGAGUCCUCCGCCAAGGAGAACCAGACAGCUGUGGAGGUGUUCAAGAGGAUUAUUUUGGAGAUGGAGAAGGCGGAUGGUAAUGCCCCCGCAGAGGAUAAGAAAUGCUUCGUGAUGUAGAGCCCCUGUUGGAAACAGCAGUGGAGACAUCCCCACUGCUCCCUCACCCAACCCGUUCAUCACCAGCCUACCAAUCACAGCCCACAAUAUCAUAGAACUACCACCAUCCAUCCAAUCACUGUGAACGCUGUACAAGAGCUGACCAAUCCUGACAUCAGGCUCUCCUCAUCUCGGUAGCCUUUUUACCAGACUGAGUAACCCCCCCCCCCCCCGCAAUAGUCGUCUAAUCAGAGUUUUUUCGCCAGUGGAUAUGCAGCUAUUUGUCUGCUAGGUUGGGUGGUAUCAAACAGACCUUAUCAGAUCCUGAUUGCAACUGCCAGGCCCAGGUGUACCACAGGAACCUCAAGCCAGUGUUUUAGGUUUUUUGUAGUCUGAACCAGUUAACCCUGGUCAACACAACAUUGUUUCCAGUUCAUCUUGAAGCAAUCCACGAGGCCAACGUGUUGGGAGUUUGCAUGUCAACCAAUGAUUUUGAAAAAGAACAGCUGACUUGGUUAAUUCAUCUAGCCAAUCCUGCCUUAGACACUGAUAGAAGCAAUCAGGACUCUUGAGACUCAGAUAUUCAGAUCAGGGCAGUUUGUCCAAUUUUGGGAUACACUUCAGAAAAGAGAGUGACUGACAGUUCUCAUUAAACAUUACACAUCUGGCUUACAUGUGAACUCACAUGUGAACAUGUAUUCUAAGUAUUGGUAAAAUUAUAAUCUGAACGAAUCAAAAGAUUGGAGUCCUCUCCUUUGUGUUCUUGCAGGCAGAAUGAUAGGUGUCUACAGAUAUGCCCGCUUGAAAAGUAGGCACAGAAUUUAGUUUAUAGAAAGAGACAGUAUUGUAUACGAUUCCUUCCCUGUGGAAUAUACCGGUUGUGUAAAGAAACAAUGUAUUUCUGCUUUGCUUUUGUCUCGUCUCUCUAAAUAACAAAAUAUCUUUUUAUCCUUUAGAUUUUGAUAUUCUUGAGUUACUGGUUGGUAGGUGGCUCUUCUGGUUGUUAUUGGGAAAAAUAAGAUUGUAGUUGUAAUGUGUGAAAUCGCCCCUGAUUUACAAUUAAGAAAAGCAGAUAAUUUCACUUCUGUAGCAACAUUAGAAAGUCUUGCAUAACUAAUUCCCCAAACAGGACAAAACAGACAGGGGUUUAAUAGAAUCAUCAUCAUUGUUGGUCCUUUAGAAACCAAGCAAUUGUAUAUUAAAUUAUGUACAUAAUUACACUGCUAUUAAAUACCUAGUUGUGCUUUACAGUUUCAGGUAAACUGUUAUGUAUAUUAAAUGGACAUGGUAAUUGACCUCUUUAACCCACCUGCGUCUAGUUUGAUAGACAUGAAUCAAAGACAGAAUUGUUUCUUGCUCUGCUUGAAAUGAUGUACCUAUUUUUGGUAUUUUUGUUUUGCCGUGGUUUAUCUUUUAAUCAGGAACAGCUCUUGAAUAUUGAAAAAGUGAUUGUUGGUGGUGGAGGGCAGCAUUUGUGCUGGUGAUGCCGUGUUCUGUGCCUUACCCUCACACACACACACACACACACACACACACACACACACCUCAACCUGGCUUUCCUCCGUGACUGAAGGUGCAUUCUGGGGUUUCUCUCUGGUGACUUGAACCGGGGACCUACUGGUGUUGCGCACCUCAACACCAGCUCCCCCUCCCCCUCAUCAACACAAAUCUUGCUGUAAACAGUUUUGUAUAUAUAAAUAAAUUCUUUACUCCUUUGAAAGCC